UUUGUACAAAAUGUAAUUGAGGGUAUUUCCCUUGUGCAAGUGACGAAAUCAACGGUUAACCGGCUGGUGGAUAUUGUUGACAGCCAAAGGAUGAUGAUGUUCAAUGGUGGGGAACAUCCCAGCAAGACCGCCCUGCGAGAGGAUUACGAAUACGAUCGGUCCAGUCAGCGGAUGUUGCUGCUUACGAAUCGGCAGAAUGGAUCUACCGGUUUACAGGAUGCCGGUAGGGCGUUGUACACAAGUGACCCAACUGCAAGUGUGAUGUUGAUGACUUCCUACAGUUCUUACGUGCAGUUACCUCCAGCUACUCAACCAAGUGCCAUCAAUGUGGCACCCAUAACCACAGCCAACGAUUCCACCGCCAUUUACUACCAAGCCACCGCCUUCGCUCCGGAUGCUACAAUGCCACCAACGUUAGAUCUAGACCAGCAAACAUUCUUCUACUACGCCGAAGUGUUAAGCGUAAUCAAUUUCUACUAUGUUCCGGCGCUAGUGCUGUUUGGUAGCAUCGGGAACGUGCUUUCCGUGCUAGUGUUCUUCAAGACAAAGUUACGAAAACUUUCGUCAUCUUAUUAUCUGGCUGCACUCGGGUUAAGUGAUACGUUCUAUUUAAUAGGACAGUUCGUAGCAUGGCUUAAUUUAAUAGAUCUGAAAAUCUAUAUUCAGGAGAUCUGUUGCCGGUUCUUCACGUUCUCCAGUACACUUUGCUGCUUUUUAUCCGUGUGGUUUGUGGUGGCUUUUACUGUGGAGCGUUUCAUCGCCGUAAUGUAUCCUCUCAAGCGCCAAACGAUGUGUACAGUGAAACGGGCCAAAAUCGUUAUCGUAGCACUAACAAUUUGUGGGAUUUUUAUCAGUUUGCCGAUUUUCUUCUUCGCCUCACCGCAAUUCUCAGCCCCUAUGAAUGAAACCUUAUGUGACAUAGUGCAGGAAUAUAAAGAGCAAGCUGCGGUCUUCAACUUUUUAGACUUCAUUCUGGUUUUUGUUGUGCCGUUUUCCAUCAUCGUCGUCCUGAACUCGCUAACAGCGUUAAUAGUAUGGAAGUUUGCAAGCAUAAGACGCACAAUGACCAUCCCAAGGAGUUAUGGUGCCAACAUACGUGAGUCGCGAAGACAACUUAACAUAUCCAACAGUCAGCUCUUUGGCAACGGCACUGUGGCUGUCCAACAGAUUCAACUCCUUAGGGGGGCAAAUUCGCAAAUGAAGGUAACGAAAAUGCUACUUAUCGUUUCGACUGUCUUUGUUUGCCUCAAUCUACCCAGCUACAUUGUACGAGUGAAAAUUUACCUAGAGGCUGACCCAACCCAACCCAACCCAACUCUGUACUUAGUACAAAACUGUUGUCAGCUAUUUUUCAUGACAAAUUUUGGAAUAAAUUUUAUACUAUACUGCGUCAGUGGUCAAAAUUUUCGGAAAGCUGUAUUUGGCAUGUUUCAAAAACGAAGUCGCCGACAAAUUAACCUGGAACAUACGUCCGGAACUCAAGUAACAGAAUUGGUGCUUCGUACUAAUGGCUCUAAAAUGCGCAGAAAUACUACCAUCUCGGACGCCGGAGAGAACACAACGUGGCGUGAGCUGGCUGAUUAUGAAAUUACAAAUUUUAUCAAGUGA